GCUUAUGUGGUUAUUCCAUUCUUUUUUUUUGUCCAUUCAUUUAUACACUGUACCUUACAUUUUCUUCUAAUGUCUUCACUUCUCUUUCGAUCUCCCAGCCUAUUUCCUGUAAUUCUUCUCAGUACUCUCAUCUCUGCAGUUUCCAGUAGCCUUUACGUUGUGGUUGUGCCUGGUCUUGUUUCUGAGGCAUAUGUCAUUAUUGGUCUUACUUCUGACUUCCAUUUUGUUGUUUUGUUAGAUGUUUUCGAUAGUUUUAAUAAUAUUUAGGGGAGCUUCUCUAUCUUUGAGUCUUACUCUAUCAAACGCUUUCCUUAGGUCAAUCAGACACAGAAAUGCUGGUCUAUUAUACUCUAGUGAUUUCUCAGCAAUUUCCUUUAUAACGAAUAUUGCAUCUGUACACGAUUUUCCACUACGAAAACCCUGUUGUUCAUGUGCUAAACUUAUCCUCUGAUUUAUUAGCACUUGUAAAAGUUUUAGCGUAGUUAUUAACAAGUUUAUACCUCUGUAGUUUUCUGGCAUUCUCUUUUUUCUCUUCUCAAUUCUCUUUUUA